UUUUACAAACAAAUAAAACUCUUUCAUUUCAUUUCAUCCAUUUCAUUCCGACCAUUUCUUGUUUCUCCGAUCAACAUCCGCCCCCGUAAUCCGCCGUCCGUUUCCAUAGAAUAAAGAUGGCUGACCUAAUAAUUCCCACGGCGAACCGCCGCCCACAAAGGCGUCGACCCUCCUUGUCGUCCGCCGCGCAUUACGUUCUCCGAGAGCAGCGCGUCCUCUGCCUCCUCUUCGGGGUGGGCUUGUCGGCGAUGGCAUUCACGUACGGCCCAUAUUCUUCUCCGGCGGCCGGAGGGGCCGAGUCUCCGGUCAUUCCUCGGAGGGUUAUGUACGAGGCGCUUCAUCAGACCGGCUACCACGUCAAAGCAGGUGGAAGAGUUCCACAAGGGUUGACGAGGAAGGGAUUGAGGAUACUGGUCACCGGGGGAGCCGGGUUCGUGGGGAGCCAUUUGGUAGACCGCUUAAUCGCCCGGGGCGAUAAUGUAAUUGUGGUUGAUAACUUUUUUACUGGUCAGAAGGAGAAUCUUUUACAGCACUUUGGAAACCCGAAAUUUGAACUCAUCCGGCACGAUGUGGUGGAGCCUAUCAUGUUGGAAGUGGACCAAAUUUACCAUUUGGCAUGCCCCGCCUCACCGGUCUAUUACAAGUAUAACCCUGUCAAGACCAUCAAGACAAAUGUGAUGGGAACACUAAACAUGCUGGGUCUGGCAAAGAGGGUGGGAGCUAGAUUUCUACUUACCAGCACCAGUGAAGUGUAUGGUGAUCCUUUGCAGCAUCCACAAUCUGAGACUUACUGGGGAAAUGUUAACCCCAUUGGUGUUCGGAGUUGUUAUGAUGAGGGAAAACGUACCGCCGAAACAUUGACAAUGGACUACCAUAGAGGACACAACAUCGAGGUUAGAAUUGCUAGGAUUUUUAAUACGUAUGGACCACGUAUGUGCCUUGAUGAUGGUCGCGUUGUUAGCAAUUUCGUUGCUCAGGCAUUAAGGAAGGAACCGUUGACUGUGUAUGGAGAUGGGAAGCAGACAAGGAGUUUUCAGUACGUGUCUGAUUUGGUUGAAGGGCUGAUCAGAUUGAUGGAAGGUGAUCAUGUUGGUCCAUUCAAUCUUGGGAACCCCGGAGAAUUUACCAUGCUCGAAUUGGCAAAGGUUGUACAGGACACAAUUGAUCCAAAUGCUAAGAUAGAAUUCAGAGCAAACACAGAAGAUGAUCCUCACAAGAGGAAGCCAGACAUCACAAGAGCCAAACAGCUCCUUGGUUGGGAACCCACCGUUUCUCUCCGGGACGGACUUCCUCUCAUGGUUUCCGACUUCCGCAAGCGAAUCCUCGGAGCCGGAGAGAGUGCCGCCGCUGACGGCAAGUCUUUCUCAGGCGUUGACUCUCAGUGAUGUGGGUAAACUACUGAAGUGUACCUCUAAAUAGAACUAUUGACUUAGGGAUGGUUGACUAGCUAGUUAACAAUAAUAAUAAGACAGAUUGGGAAAAAAUCAUCAAAUAGAAAUUAUAGAAUGAAGUUUUUCUUCUUCUAACGAUUAUAUAUAUUUUGUAGUCAUUAGGAGAUUCUUGAUCAUGAUAUUUGAGGUGUAACGUAACGACGUGUACAACAAUGUUGCAUUUCUAGGAAUAAUGAUAAUCAUCCACCAACUCAGGAAAAUUUGGAUCAAUAGGUUUAUUGUAUUUCUAUUUUAUUAAUGGG